GUACCUAGAGUAGUUAAAAAUAUAUUGAACAGAAUAACUUCGUGACCGUGAUCACCUUCAACCAAUUCAGUUCUCUCUCAGGAAAUGUGAAAGCAAAUGUUACGUUCAUGAAAGAACAGUCGACAAGUAGCUACGACCCGUCGCCAACGAAUGUAUAGACUAGACUCAGGCCACUUACAUUAGAACUAGAAUCAUUCUACCAAACACUUAGACAAAAAUAUUCCAAGUUAAUAGUCAGGGCCAUUAGGCGCGCCACUAAUUUCUUACGAGCAUUUAUAGCGCUGAUGCUAAACUAAUCGGCGAGGUAGCAAGGCAAGGCGCGUCCGUGAAUCAGUUUGCACGCACCAGUGGUAGGCGCUGAAACAUCUGCUCGUAUCACACGGGACACGGCCGCUGAUAACGUGCUUUAGUCGGCACAGGUUGCUCGCGGGUGCGGGCGGCGCCACACUGCUCCGCCAUGGACGCUCGACAGCCCGGCGCGCGGUUCCCGGUCACCUUCAACGGGGAGCGGUACGACCUGGUCCGCUUCAUGCGCGACCACCCCGGGGGAGUCAACACCCUCAAGCACUACAAAGACAAGUCCAUAGUGCAAGCGAUGGCCAAGUUCGGCCACAGUAACAGUGCGUACCACAUGAUGAGUGACCUGAAAGUGGACAGUGCUCAGUUGAAGGAUGUGAACUUGACCGGUGCAGUGAGUGAGAACGGGAGGAUCAUUACCAAGGAGGAGGACACGAGGGAAGUCGAGCAAAUCAAGUUUCUGGAGGAACUAGAGGCGCGGUUAGACUGGUCAAAACCUUUAUUGAGUCAGUUGGAUGCCAUCGCCCCUCACUACGACACGUGGGUGAACUCAGCAGUGUAUAGGAAGUGCAGGCUCUUCGCCAGCCCUGUGCUGGAGAGUCUCACGUACACACCUUGGUACCUGGUGCCUAUGUUCUGGGUGCCAAUCAUAUUGUACCUUGGAGUCACACAGUAUAUGGAGCUGGUCGCUUGCGGAGAUUCCUGUAAGCAGCCGUCGCUCACAAACAUUCAGUAUAUCUAUCACAUAGUAUUAGGGGUUAUAUUAUGGACCAUGCUGGAGUACGGUCUACACAGAUGGGUGUUCCACCUCAAUCCAGGAUCUUCAGUCACGAUGAUUAAGUUACAUUUCCUCAUACAUGGAAUGCAUCAUAAGGUUCCGUUUGACGGGCUCCGUCAGGUGUUCCCGCCAAUCCCAGCGUUCGUACUGUCCGUCGUGAUAUAUUCAAUAUUGCAGUAUUUCGCCGAUUACUCGUUCAUUAAACUCACUGGAGGACUCAUUGGGUACCUGACGUACGACAUGAUUCAUUACUACGUGCACCAUGGCUCGCCCCGUGACGGCACCUACCUCUACGCCAUGAAGAGGUACCACUCCAAUCAUCACUUCAUCAACCAUGACAAAGCCUUUGGCAUCAGCAGUAAGCUGUGGGACGUUGUUUUCAGAACAUUUGUACACGUAAAAAAGUUAGGUUUUAGCUUACAUUGGUAGGAUUAGCUAUAGCAUAGUUAGGUACUGAGUUUCAAUUGUUGAUAUUCUGCCAAAGUUUAUUUAAUGUAUGGAGUCAGCAAUGCUGUGAACCUUCGAUAGAGGGCAGGAGGGUUGUUAUAGUGUAAAGAUUUUUAAUCUGUAUAAUAUAGGAUAGCCGUUGUUAUAUGUAGUGUUGAUAAUAUUUAUGUUAAAGUUUAUUUUUUUAUUUAAGAUUUGUAAAUGGUGAAACCUGUGUGUGUUAUUGAUACAUAAUUGUGUACAUCUCUGUUUCCCUUGGGAGUAUAAGUCUUGAAUUUAUUUACAUAUGUAGCAAUCAGAACUGUGGAUCGAUCAUGUAGUCUACAUAGUUUAUUUAGAAUGCAAUUUUAAACACAUUUAUUUAUUGUUUAAUCUAUCUAUAUCAGUGGUUUCCAACCUUUUCCUAGUCAAGGGCCACUUUUGUAAUGUUGUUAAGUUAGAAACGACUAAUACUAUUACUUUUUUCGUGUGGUCCCACACUAAGAUUUCUCAUUCCCUUAUUAUAAAUAUAGUGUCUGUUAGAUUUUUUAAAUAAGUUGCCUCCUUUGAUAUACCUAAUAAGUUGAGCUAUACCCGUGGUAUUUAUUAGACAGAGGACCGGUAGUAUUCAUGUUUUUUUUUGCUUCUGCAGACCUUUUGUGGUCCACGGACCACCGGUUGGGAACCACUGGUCUAUAUAGUGUAGGUAAAAGUAUUGACCUCUCGUAACCGUGUCAUAGUGUCAGAUUCAAGGUUCUAAGUAAAAGUAAAACAGUAAUAGAUAACUAAUAUCCAGCUUGUUAUUCUGCGAACGGUUAGCAGAGUUACCCGGCUAUUGGUGAAGGCUGGAAGAGGUUAUUAGAUUGACGGUUAUAACCAUAGAUAGAUAUAGUAAAGAAGUUAUUAACUUCUUAUUCUUAACAUUUCUGUGAUCAUAACUACAAACGGCCAGUUUCAAUCAAUUGUCUAUCUGUAGAUAUACGGCCAAUUACAAUACAAAUUCCCUGGAUUAGGGUUGGAUUAAGAUCGGUUACUGAAUUGUUCAGCCAAGGUUUGCGUCAUUUGCCGAAUGCAUCCAUCCUUCACAAACAAUAAGCGGCCUACAAAUGACAAAUGCUUGCAUUUUGCUUAGAAACAAUGAAAACUGUCCACGAAACGGUAACGUUAAUUCCGUCUAGGCUGAUUUUUGACAAAUGUACGCAUUCGUAAAAUGACGCAACCUGGCUAGUAGACCUACCUUGUAAGCUUCAUACGAAAUGUAUGAAAUCUUCAAAUAGCUAAGUUAUUGGGUCUGACCGAGAUUUCUUUUAAUAUGUGACAAAUAAUAGGUAGUAUAGAAAUGUUUGCUUUGGGGAAAAUAGUUUAAUAUAGGUUAUUAUGAACGUAAGAGUUGGUCGACGAUUGCAUUUUUAUGAUUUUUAGUUAUUGUUCUUACAAAAGUCUCAUAUUCAUAAUUUUAUGAUAAGUAAAUACCUAAUAAUAGGUAAGAAGUUAAAUAUUGUUGUUGUCGUCAUGGGAAAAUAAUUCUUUCUUCAUGCAUGACGGACAUUUGGCAGUUUUCAUUUUCAUUUUGCGAAAUACUUUAAAAAUAUUGUGUUCUUACAUAAAUUUCGCAAUGUUUAGAUAGGCGAAAUGAUUGUGUGCCAUGUUAUACCUACAUAAAACAAAAUGCCUAUAUUUUUCUUUUUAUUAUCACUUUGCUAUAAAAUCAAAAAUCAUGAAAAUAUAUCGAGUUUUUAUUGAAAUAUAAAAGUAAUGGUGUACCUAAACCGGCUUUGUUUUUAUGUACCUACAUAAUAUGUACAGUAUAUUAUAUAUUUAAUAAAAUUUCUGGUUAUUUCGAUUUCUCUAUUUACUUAUUUUCUGUACUCUAAACAUUUACAUUCCUUUUACAUAAACAUUACCUACACAUGUAUGUUUAGAAUCGAUGGUCAAGUUGCAAAGUGCCUUAGUCACUAUCACUAUUAACAUAAGUCAUUAUAGGCUUAUAAAAAUAAUCUGAGACUAUAAAAAUAUUUUUCGUAAAAAUAUGAUGCAAUAAAUAGUCCAAAGUUAAGAAACUCACGUUUACCUAUACAAUAUGAUGUAUAUUUACCUAUAAUAUGUAUAGUGUUACCUAUUAGUUACUUAUCAAAUAAAAUUUUAUGUGUCAUACUCAUCAUGCCUAAUUACUUUUUUAUUAUACACAUUUCUAAUACCUAAUGUGGUUUUUUGAUUAGGUAAAUCUAAAUAGGAUUUUAAUUGGUGUUUUUUUUUAACAUUGUUAACGCACUGUCUAUGUUUGAGAUCAUGUAGGUACUUAUGACUAUGACUUAUCUAUGACUAUGAUAUAUCACUUGUAAAGUCAACAAAUAUGACAAAAAUGCUCGUACUGUCGAUUUUUUUUAUAUUUAAUUUUUAUGGGAUGCUCUGGUACCUCGACCUUUCGAGGAAUUAAAAAUAACUGCGAUAUGUAUAAGAAAAAUGCAUUUAAUUCUUUUUUUUUUCUGGACUUUACCGAACUGGGUAAGAAAAGGGGUCAUCAAUUAGCAUAGUUGUAUGUCCUUUUUAAACUAAAUUGAGUAGUUUUGAAAAUAGACAAAUUUGUAUCAUCAAUGUAUAUAAAUACUUUUGUACAUACUAUAUAGGUAAUAACUAUAAACCAUAUAUAAAAUAAUUGUUUUUAAUAUUUCUGUGUUAUAGGUAUACUUUCAUGUAAAUAAUAUCUUUCAUUUUAUGCUAACGCAAGCGAAUUACUGAUGCAAUUACAUUGUCACAUGCUUAUAGUAAUCGUAAAAUAGUUUGACGACCAUGAUAAGCUGUGGUUUACACAUGUUAUCGUUUUUCCGUUAAAACAAGGUUAAGUCAAUUCUUGGAAUUACGGACGGCAUUAGGGCGGGAUACCCAGUGACGUCAUAAUUUGGAAAACAAAAUGGAAGGUCAGGAACAGAUUAUGUCUGCAUUAGUGUUAAUUUCUUUACGCUUUGCUUUUCUUCAAUUUAAAUCUUGAAAUUAUAUAGACGUAGUAUUUUUUUGAUUUUCAACUGUUAUUAAAUAUAACAUUGUGUCUCGAGUAAAUCUGCGUUCCGGCACACGACGGGUUAAAGGAGAAAAUCUAAUAAAGAUUUUGAAUUAUAGCAAUUAUUAAAGAUUUUUAAGAUUCUGAUUUCUCGAUCACCUUCCACUGGUUCCUAAAAGCCCAAAUGCCGUUUCCCUCCAAGCUACAAGUCGGAUAUUAUGUGUACUUAUUUAUUUAUUGUGAUAUACAGCCCACAGAUUAUGUAAUUCUCACGCCUGUAAUUAGUAAUUUCAUAGAAUGAAAUUGUGCUAUAAACAAUAAUUAUUAUUGUGAAUAUUUUAAAUAAAAGUUUUGUUUAAGUUUGUAA